AUGAUAUUUACAGUCUUGCCAUUCGGUGCGACCAACAGCCAGCAAAGACGACUAUACUAUCCCCUUCUUUUAGCAGAUGUUGUCCGUGAUUGCACAGACGCCAUUGAUGCCCUCACAGUAUUUCACAAUCUCCUUUCUACCAAAGAGACUAUCGGCAAUGGGACUACGGGAUUCAAAGCAUUUGAUGGGCAUGUGGGAGACACCGCUUGUCAUAUUCGUGCUGGAAUACUACUCGACAUAUUCGCCUUCUACCGUGAGGAUCAGGGCGAGGUGAUGGGCUGCAGACGUGGAGAACUAUCUAUAUCUAGUUACAUUUCGAACCUCAAACUUACGUGUAACAAUGCGCAAAUGGCCUGCUCCAGACUAACUUCAGAUAAUGUCUGUCCUAGCACGUUGGGCUUUGGGCCAAAGCAUGACAUAAUGGAGAAUAUCAUCACCACACUAGGAUGGAAGGAACCAAAUGAUCGUCUGGGUUUGAAUGACGCGGUGGACCCGGAGUGGAACGUGGAAGAUCCGCAACUCAUUAUUCGCUACUUGGUUGCAAUGUUCGUGCUGGCAAAGUACAAGGAACAUUGCAAAUUAUCGUCGCACAACAUCGUAGUGCGUCUUCGCCCGAAGAAUGCCGCCGUGUAUGGCAAUGAGUUGAUAUCCCCAUUCUGGGAUCGGAACAACUGCCAAUACAAGGAACCGGGCUGUAAUCGACUCGACGUCCGGUUUGCUGCCCUCCAGAAGUGGGUUUCCGCGCUUUCCUGCUCCUGGGUCAGAGCUUGGUCGGAAAAGCUUUUCGUCACCCCAGCCACACAAAGGCUAGUUCGUUCUUCGGUGUUGCAAUCCCCAAAGGGCCUUCUUGUUACUGCUACGUAUACUGGAUUCCUCGUUUGUCGUCAGGUUUGGGCGAAAAGCCAGUGGCCAUUGCUGUUAGUAGAUCGCCAUUUCUGUUCUGGAGGUACACAUCGAACAUAUCCCUUUGUGACUCGUUCGUGUGCAUGGCUUAAGGCUGGUACAGGUUAUCAUUUGAAUGCGUACAUAGCAACCCUUCAACAACAACCAAAAUCGCCAUCGGACCGGCGAAGCGAUAUGGCCAUCAAUAUUGCCUGGCAGAUCAGGCCCAAGACGUUCAAUGAGCUCCUUACUUAUGAUAAGGGCAAUCAGCCGAUGAUUUCUAUUCUUGGUAACAGUGUCGAGGGUCCAUUGGACGAUUAUACAGCUAGGAUUGCCAACAUGUCGCCUGACGGCAGUCUUGGGCUUUCUGCGCAGCAGCACCGCGAGGAAUUCUGUGGGGAGAAUGUAGAGCACAGGAAGAGGUUCCUAGCAACAGACCAAGAUAGACUUUCUCUGGCGUUUUUCGCUGAUCACAGAUGCUACCCUUUCCCCUUGCACGCCUUAGCGGCUGGACAUGAUGACGGAGAGUAUCUACCAAGCUUGAUCCGUUCUCUGUCACAGAAUGACCCUACCGAAGAACACUUUAUCAACUCCAAAUUAGAAGUCGAUGAACUCGGGGCGGGCAAAGGGUAUAUGGGGAUAUUUCGUUGGGAACAUAUACUAGCGGAAACGCCGGGCAGACUCGCAAAUAUAUUGCAGGACUGGGAGGGGAAGGGAGUUUUUGCUUAG